AUGUCGUCUCUUACUCCUGACUUCACCCUCAACAAUGGCACCACGAUCCCUGCAAUUGGCAUGGGUUGCUGGAUGGGUAGUGUUACAGCAGGAGAUGGAAACCGCGUUGUUGAAAUGUGUGCGAAGGCGCUCAGAAAUGGCUAUCGACACUUUGACACUGCAGCAGGAUAUGGCAACGAGAAAAUGGUCGGUGAUGCCAUUAAAGCAUCUGGGAUACCCAGGAAGAGCCUAUAUAUCACAACCAAAUUGGCAAACCCUGAUCACCACCGCGUACGCGAAGCGUUCGAGGAUUCUCUGCGAGACCUUGACUGCGAAUAUAUUGAUUUAUACCUCCUUCAUUGGCCUCAAGCUCAAGCCCCAACGGGAAACGCCCAUGUUUUAGGGCCUGACGAACACCCUACUUUCAUUGAGACAUGGAAGGAGAUGGAGAAGCUGCUCGAAACAGGGAAAGUGAAGACGUUGGGGGUGUCCAACUUUUCUUGUAAAACUCUCGAGGCACUCCUCCCGCACUGUCAAAUCGUGCCAGCUGUGAAUCAAGUCGAGAUGCACCCUUAUCUCCCUCAGAACGACGUCAAGGCGCUGUGUGAGGAAAAGGGCAUCCUUCUGACGGCGUAUUCUCCUCUGGGUCGAUCGGCCACUUUGUUCGAGGACCCCACCAUACAAAAAAUUGCAGAAAAAGGCAAGGUUACACCAGCCCAAGUAGUUCUUGCUUGGGGUGUCCAACGUGGAACAGCGGUUGUCCCAAAGAGCGAGGAUGACGGGAGAAUGACAGCGAAUUUAAAUUUAAUUAAGCUCACUGACGAGGACAUGGAGGAAAUCAAUGCAAUCCAUUUACAAGAGGGAAAGCACAGGUCACUAUUGAAAUAUCACACCCCUGAAGGAACUGUUAUGGGUUGGACGUAUGAGCAACUUGGUUGGAAUAUGCUUACAGGUGGUAUCGUGUGCUCUUGAAAUAGAUACACUGGAGUACAAGAAUUCUGCGAUGAAUAAGAAUAUUAAGAAUCGUAGUCAAGAGGUGAAUAAGUCGUCAUGAGUAUCGUGAUGUCAUUAUCUGUCGUGGCUGGCAUUAUUCAAGUUACGGAGGUGGGAGGUCUCGAGCACAAGUGUUAGUGUUAUGUCUGUGGAGGUGUUCGCGUUCUCAUAGUGGUGGCGGGAUAUAUAUAUCGUGCCGCAUCUCAUGGUCAGUGUGGGUAUGUCGAGGCAGAUGCGGCUGGGAUGUAGACGUGGGUCGAUCGCACGAUGUAACUUGAUCCAAACUUCGGUGACGCGACUGACGCGCUGCGGCGUAUGUUACGUCGGCUGCUGGCGACGUGGUGACGCUGUUCCUUGGUGUAUUCUUCAUCACCAAAAAUGGUGGAGAUGGCAAUCGUGGGGGUAUUGGUCUGUGGUGACUUGAUUCAAGUGGACGACGGUAUACAACAUGAUCCUUCUCCGGCGGUAUUGGAGGGUUAUCGGUGCUUGCGACAUCGACACCCAGCCGAUCAGACGGUGCAUCCAAGAGGUGGAUAACAUCGUCAGGCCCAACCAAUCUUCUAUCCCUCAUGACGCCAAUUUCAUCCGAAGAAAGAAUGCCAAUUGUCGAGUUAAUAGAGUGACUGUUAAGUGUCCUUUUCGAAGAACUGAUGCCUCUUGUAGAUGAAGAUAGAAAAGAAUGGGCACUAUCGGUUUCGCGGUCGCGGAGGGAUCCAUUAUCAGACUGAGGGAAUAUUCGAGCAAGGAUGCUAUCAGAGCGGUGGUUGGGGGAGGGGGUCACUGGUACGCUAGCUACCCGAUGAGUCUCCCUGUGAUUGGGAGCUGACCCGCCGUUGGGCAACUCAGAGAAAUGUCCACUCUGAUUCCUGGGGUACUGCGAGCGCCUAUGAUUAUG